CCAGGUUUGUUUCCUGGAGUGGGUGUAAGACAUCAGUUGUAAACCUGCCCUAGCAGGAAUAGCGGUCCCUCCCUCCUCCCAACUAUUUCUAAGGCUUUAUUUCUAAGGCUUUAUUAUCACCGGUGGAAAAGGAUCCGCUCACCGACGCGCUCCAGUAUCAUCCCUCCUCUCCUCGCAACUCCUAUCCACGAGACACCUCUUUACACCCCUAAAAACAGAUAUCAAGCUGAAAUCAAGGAAUCGAGUCCAUGCGAGCUGCCAUCUGAUCCCACACACACUUAUCAAUGAAGCAAGAGAUCAUGGCGGAUGGCCCCAGGUGUAAGAGGCGAAAACAAGCCAACCCGAGACGGAAAAACGCAGCUCUGAACUACGAGAAUGUGGUGGAGACGGGCUCAGAGACGGAGGAGGAGGACAAGCUCCCGGUGUCCGAGGAAGACCCCCUGAUCAACGGCACCGGCAGCCCGGCCAGCCUCACCAACCCGGAGGCCUCGCCGCGCACCGAGAGCCACGGCCUGCUGACCAAGGAGGAGGAGGACGACGAGAUGCGGGACAGCGGCGUGGAGCACAUCUGGCCGGACAACGACAUGCUGAGCGCCUCGGUCGAUGGUACUGAUGAAAUAAAAGAUGAUUUUGACACCCUGGGGCCUGACGCCACUUUGCAAGCAGUUGGAAACGGUACAGUCAAGAGCGUCGAUUGCACUUCAGAGUUCGAGGACUUCUUCGCCAAGCGGAAGCUGGACGACGGCGACAGUCACGUGGUGAGCAUCGCCGAGUACCUGCAGCGGGGCGACACCGCCAUUAUCUACCCAGAGGCGCCAGAGGAGCUGUCCCGCCUGGGCACGCCGGAGGCCACCGGACCAGAGGAGAACGACCUGCCACCUGGAACGCCAGAUGCCUUCGCCCAACUGUUGACCUGCCCCUACUGCGACCGGGGCUACAAGCGUUUGACAUCGCUGAAGGAGCACAUCAAGUACCGCCAUGAGAAGAACGAGGAGAACUUCGCCUGCCCCCUGUGCAACUACACGUUUGCUUACCGCACUCAGCUUGAGCGGCAUAUGGCCACACACAAGCCUGCAAGGGAUCAGCACCAACUGCUCAACCAAGCGGCCGGCAACCGCAAGUUCAAAUGCACCGAGUGUGGCAAGGCCUUCAAAUACAAGCACCAUCUGAAGGAACACCUCCGGAUUCAUAGCGGCGAAAAGCCGUACGAGUGCCCCAACUGCAAGAAGCGUUUCUCCCACUCGGGCUCCUACAGCUCCCACAUAAGCAGCAAAAAGUGCAUCGGCCUGAUCGCCGUCAACGGCAGGAUGCGCAGCAACAUGAAGACAGGCUCCUCCCCCACCUCAGCCUCGUCCUCGCCCACCAACACCGCCAUCACCCAGCUGCGGCAGAAGCUGGAGAACGGCAAGCCGCUCGGCCUCCCCGACCACAACAACCACUUGAGCAUCAAAACGGAGCCGCUCGACUUCAACGACUACAAGCUGAUGAUGGCGUCUCACGGAUUCGGUGCUCCCGGGCCGUUCAUGAACGGAGGAAUGGGAGGGAACAGCCCACUGGGCGUCCACCACAACUCGACGGCCCAGAGCCCCUUGCAGCACUUGGGGAUGGCCGGACUCGAGUCGCAGCUCCUGUGCUACCCGGGUCCGCUGGCGAACAACCUGAGCGAGGUGCAGAAGGUCCUCCAGAUCGUGGACAACACUGUGUGCAGGCAGAAAAUGGACUGCAAGCCGGAGGAGCUCUCCAAGCUCAAGGCCUACAUGAAGGAGCUGGGGUCCCAGGUGGAGGAGCAGAAACAGGUGCUGACGUCUACGGGGGCUCAGGUCGGUCUUCCACUCGUCAAUCACAACGGCGCCACCAAAAGCAUCAUCGACUACACGUUAGAAAAAGUGAACGAAGCCAAAGCCUGCCUCCAGAGCUUGACAACAGACUCAAAGAGACAGAUUAGCAAUAUCAAACGAGAGAAAUCCAACCACAUGCUUGAAGGAGGUGUGGAUGAGAAGGUGCAGGAAAAUAACAUGUUUACACCUUACGCUUGCCAAUAUUGCAAAGAAACCUUCACCGGGCCGAUACCUUUGCACCAGCACGAACGCUACCUGUGCAAAAUGAACGAGGAGAUCAAAGCCGUGCUGCAGCCCAGUGAGAAUCUGAUGCCCAACAAACCAGGGAUUUUCAUGGAGAAGAACACCCACUUAUCCUCCUCCAUGUUGUCUGAGAAGGGACUCACGGGGCCCCUUAACCCUUACAGGGACCACAUGUCUGUGCUGAAGGCGUAUUUCGCCAUGAACAUGGAGCCCAACUCGGAGGAGCUGCUCAAGAUUUCCAUAGCGGUCGGCCUUCCUCAGGAAUUCGUCAAGGAGUGGUUCGAGCAGCGGAAGAUGUACCAGUACGGCGCCAACAGAACCCCGCCGCUAGAGCACAGGAACAACAUGGAUAUGGUUGUCGGAACAAAUAACCACCACACUCCACCAAAAGACUCAAUGGCAGCUAGGUCACCUGUGUCUCUAAUGAAACCUACUGACCCCAUCACGUCCCCCUCCAUAGCCGAGCUCCACAACAACGUCAACAACUGUGACAACCCGCUCAGACAUUUGAAAAACCACCAGUUCGGCGGCAGCGCCAAACCCGCAGGUGAAAAGUUGGACCACUCCCGCAGCAACACCCCCUCCCCGUUAAAUCUGUCCUCCACAUCUUCCAAAAACUCCCACAGCAGCUCCUACACUCCAAACAGCUUGACUUCGGAGGACCUGCAGGCCGAGCCGCUGGACCUCUCUCUGCCGAGACUAAUGAAGGAACCCAAGCAUGCACUGACUGUCAAAAGCAGGCCGAAAGUCAACAGCAUCACCAUCGACCACAGCAGCAUCCCCUCUCCCCGAGAGCACUUCGAAGAGCCGUUGAACUUGGCCUAUCUCAAGAAGGAAUUCUCAGGCUCUACCAACAACGGAAACCUUGAAAAAAGCACUAGCCCCAUCUUCGGCAUUAACCCGUUUGCCGCCAAACCCCUGUACACGUCACUUCCACCUCAGAGCGCUUUCCCACCUGCCACAUUCAUGCCCCCGAUGCAGGCCAGCAUACCGGGUCUCAGGCCCUACCCGGGCAUGGAUCAAAUGGGCUUCCUACCACACAUGGCCUACACUUACGCAGCAGGGGCAGCUACCUUUGCCGAGAUGCAGCAGAGGAGAAAGUACCAGCGGAAACCAGGUUUCCAGGGGGACCUGCUCGACGGUACACCAGAUUACAUGUCAGGGCUGGACGACAUGACAGACCCCGACUCCUGUCUGUCGCGGAAGAAGAUUAAGAAGACCGAAAGUGGUAUGUACGCGUGUGACUUGUGCGACAAAACAUUCCAGAAGAGCAGUUCCCUUCUAAGACACAAAUAUGAACACACAGGCAAGAGGCCGCACCAGUGCCAGAUCUGCAAGAAAGCCUUCAAACACAAACACCAUCUCAUCGAGCACUCCAGACUGCACUCGGGGGAGAAGCCGUACCAGUGCGACAAGUGCGGGAAGAGGUUCUCCCACUCGGGCUCCUACUCGCAGCACAUGAACCACCGCUACUCCUACUGCAAGCGGGAGGCCGAGGAGCGGGAGGCGGCCGAGCGGGAGGCCCGGGAGAAAGGCCACCUGGAGCCGACGGAGCUGCUCAUGAGCCGGGCGUACUUGCAGGGCAUGACUCCUCAGGGUUACCCGGAGCUAGCGGAGCGCGAGGCCAUCCUGAGGCACGACGCCGUGAACGGAGGGAUCAGAGAGGGACGGAAGGAAGUGGACGGAACGUACGCGAAGAUCGGACGCAGGGACGAGGAGUUCGAGGAGGAGGAGGAGGAGAGCAAGAGCAUGGACACGGACCCGGACACGUUGAGGGACGAGGAGGAGAACGGAGAGCACUCGAUGGACGAUAGUUCGCUGGACGGCAAAACGGAAACCAAAUCGGAUCACGAGGACACGAUGGAGGAUGGCAUGUAAUCGGCUUCCCAUCUUAAGAGUUUUAAGUUUCUCUUUCGGUUCAGUAUUCUUACCUGCUCGGUUUAAAAACGCCGUGUUUUAAGCCGUACGUGCACGUGCCUGAAGCUUCCGGGAAGCUGACAGACUCCUCGCAGGGGGGGACGACGUCUGCCGAACAAGACUCAAAUCAAUCUGGAGGAGGCGUUGAGGGAAAGGAGGCAUGGGUUUGUGAAAUAAGCUGCAUUAUGCAAACCGAACAAUGAAUAAAUGAAUACAUUUCAAAAAAUGUACAGUACUAAGGCCUAAAAAUAUGUGUGGUGCUAACCUCCUCAAAUAAACCCCCUGUGUUCCAUAGUAUUUAUAGCACAACUAGUGACUUGUACAAAUUGCACUCCGCUUCUAUAAUCAUGAACAAAAAUAAUAAAAAGUAUUGCCUAUGUAUAUAUUUAUACAGUGUUGGAAAAAGAGCAGUAGUGUCUGCACUACAGUCCUUCGAUAUUACCUUUGUUAUCACCUUCCCACCUACCUACGGUGUCGUCUUUAGUUUGCCAUGUCGCCCGGCCACAAACGUCUCCAGCCACACUAUUUUAGGCCUCUUGAAUCAAAUGAAGGAAUUUAAACAAAAAGACUGUAUGAAGGAGAUUUUUUUUUGAAGAGUUUGAAGUUUUAAAGAGACCUUCGUUUUAAGGGAAAAUACAGUUUAUGGACAGAUGGUAUGGGGAAAAAAAAUGAAGGAGGAAGCCUUUGUAAGGUGUUUUUUGAUAAGAAAAAAGAAGCCUUAUAUGCAAACCUUUUAACCUGUGUGUUUUCUGCAAGUGCCACCCUCGUAUUGUGUAAAAGGAAGGUUACUUUUUUUCACCAGCUUCAGUAUUUUGAAAUGGUUCACCGUUGUUCUUUGAAGCAUCCGUGUCAGUAUUAAGACUUAUAGGCAGCAGUUCCUUAGUUUACAUUAUGUUGUGCAAUGUUUUCUCAGUUUUUUUUCUUUUUUUUGUCAGUAUUACACCAAACCAUUUUCUGAAAACAACAAAUUGCAUUCAU